AUGGCGCGCGCCGCAGUGAUCCCCCAGUCCCCCGCCAAGCGGACGGGACGAACCUCUACCCAGUCAACAGCUGCUGCCGACGCGAAAAGAAAAGUACCUCGCAAGGCAACUCCAGCUCCACGCACCGCGACGCCAGCUCCCAAUGUUGACUCCGACGACACGGACGACGAGCUCGGCUUUGUCAUGAAUACCGCGAAACCUCGCGCUCGUCCGGCUGCCCGACCGGCUGCCCGCCCAGCGACGAAGUCCAAGGCCCCUGCGGCUACCCGUGGAACGAAAGCUGCCACUAAGCGCGCCGAUACCCAAAUAAAGGCCGCGCCUUCAUCAGAAACGGAGACACCGAAGAAACGCGUCGGGAGGCCGAGAAAAACACCAGUGCCAGAGGAAGCACCAGCACCGAAGCAGGAGAGUGCAACUAAGACUCGGGGACGAGCCAAAGCGACGGCAACGGCGCCAAAGCCCCCGGCCACCAACACCCGGAGAACACGAAUGGCAAGUGAGGCUGCAGAUGAUAUGAAACCCACCAACAUUAAAAUUUCGACAAGCUCUAUCAUGCGCUCAAACAUUCGCCGUGGACCUGCCAAAAAGAAGACAGUCACAUUCCAAGAACUCUCCGAUUCCGAAGAGGAUUCGAGUGAGCCUGAAGUUCCUGCUGCUGGUCGGACAAGAGCAGCCCCCAAGGCUGCGGGCUCUGCGAAAGCGGGACUUGGUGCGACACCUGUUCGCAAGCCUGCAGCGGGCGGUGCCCGUGGACGGAAACCAGCUGCAGCUAAGAAGGGUGCGGCUAAACCUUUGUCUCCCAAGAAGGACAAGCAAGUGGCCAAGUCCCUAUCAGGCUAUGCAAGCACUGAUGACGAGGACGAAUUGAACACAAUCAAGGUUGAGAGCUCAAGUCCCGUCAGGCUCGUUGUUCACUCUCCUGCUAAGAACAUUCUGGGAAAUACCGGAUUAAGCUCCCCUGUACGCAGAAUCAACUUUACACCGAGAAAAGCUGCCAGUCUUGUCGACGAAAAUGGCGAACCCAAACUACCAACGCCCAAACACGGAUCAGAAGGCAUCGGCCUUAGCUCCCCAGUCAGAAAGAUCAACUUCACACCCAACCGCAGCCAGAACGCUAUUGCCGAUAGUGGCCAUCUCGCUCUUCCGCCUGGCAACUCCGUCAAUCUCGGCGAGUCCAAGUUCAUGUGCAGCCCGGCGCGACGGGCCCCGACAUCAUCUCCUUUCAAAUUCAGUCUUAGAGAAACCCCGAAUCGCGCGGGAUCGCUUUUCAUGGACAACGUGAAUUCUGUCUCUGCUCCAGACUUUACACCUGCAAAUGCUUCUCCACUCAAGAUGUCCCCAAAGAAGGGUAAUCUUGCAGCAUCUUUCUCGCAGUCAGCACUCAAGGCCUCCGCUCCACCAGUCCUCGCCCGGACUCCCCUGUUCCAGAGUCCUGCAAAGAGAAUAGCUUCUCCAUUCAAAAGCUCCAUUUUCUCUGCUCAUGCCUCAACCGGCCACUCGAAGACUCCAGAAAGUGACGGUACCCCUGCAGAGGAUUUGGAAGUUGAAGAAACUACCACUCCCAAGUCAUCACCGUUGCAAAGACAGCAGGCCCAGGAUACAUACGAAGAGGACUGUGAUUUGGUCCAGGAUGUAGCUCGAGAUAUCUUCAACAUUGACAUUGAGAUGUCAGGCGAUGACAGAACGCCAUCCCCCCUGCCAAAUCAGCAGGAGACUUCUGCGCCUGAAUCAGAGAAUGAUGACAAUCUCGAAGAGGAUGCUUUGCAGACGGAGACCGCAGAAGACACACAUUCCGAAGACCUCAAAAUCGCAGAACUUGAGAACGAGAUCCUAUAUGAAUACGAAGAACCCGAAACUCUUUGCUUCGAUGAAAUGGAAGAGGCAAACAUGGCCCCAGAGGAAUUCGACGAUCAAGCAACACAGACAGAAUCGGAGUUUGAACAUGAGGAAAGGGCUCAAGGACGGGACUACUACGAAUACGAAGAGCCCGAGUCGCUCUGUUUCGACGCUAUGGAAGACGCACAGAUGGAAAUGAACAAUCCGCAUUACCAGGAAAUCCAGGACGAAUCGGGAUCCGAAUCAGGUAGCUUCAUUCAAGACGUGCCUCCCUUUGAAUACGAGGAAGCAGAGACGCUUUGCUUCGACAUGAUGGAAGAUGAAUACCUUGCAGGCGAUGAAAUGAUUCAUCCAAGUGUCGAAUCGGUUGACUCAGAAAACGAUGACUGGGAAGCUCCUGAAUACGAGCACUCCGACCAGGAAACUGAGUUGGACGAAGAAGCCCACCAUUCCGCUGCAUAUGAAUCUCCUGAACCAAGCCCGACACCAGUGCAGCACGUUGAGCUGGACGAAUCGGAUGUCGAAAAAGAUGAAGGAGAUGAAGUCAUGAGCGAUGACGUCCAAGUGGAAGAAAGUGGGCCUACGUCUACAACGGGCUCUUACCCACUCUCUCCGCGCGAGACCAGCCAUCUGGAAGAUGUCACAAGCUCGGCCCAAAGGGCUCAGUCUAUCGCUUCCCCAAUUUUGAGCUCUCCGGCAAUUAGGGAAACCACCCCAACCCCCACAAAUCGCCCAGACGACACCGAGAAUGAAAAUGACCCCACUCCUCGCGUGAAGAAUGCCAAUGCCAAUGCCACCCCCAGCCCCAGCCCCUUCGAGGACCAAUUGAGUUAUACGCCAGCCACCCAGGGAGAUAGCCCUGCGUCAAUGGUGCCUAGUCUACUCAACACACCGAGCGUUGCCCAUCAGCAGAAAACACCCACCGCAAGUGGCGUGGGCUUGACGCCAUUGGCACAAAGAUUUGGUCGCUGGGAACAAGAUACCCCUUCGCAGGCCAGAUCACUCCGACCCCGUCGCCGUGGAGUUUUCUCCUUGGUCGGUCCGCUGGAUCCCACCUCCGCCGAAGCCACUACCACCCCUGGCAGUGUGUCGUAUCCAGACUUGUCCAAGAGCCCUCUCGCAAACACCCCCUCCCUGUUUGCCGAAUUGCCACAUCAGCCUCAGAGUGAUGAUACAAGCAUGAGCACCGAGCACGACAAGACCCCGCGACCAUCUACAGUGUACGAGCGCCGUCGGAGCUCUGUCUCGCCACUUAAGCACACGGAGAUAUUUGAGGACCCCGUCUCAGAGAAAAUCGAACCAUCAACCAAUCGUCGCAGCAUUACGAAGCAGCACAUCCCUGCCGCUGAAGUUUUGCAGGAACAAGAUACCGACGACAAGGAGAACCGCGGACCUGCAAAACUACCAGUCACACCAAUCAAGUCGCGAUCUCGCGUUGAAGACCUGCGCACCGUUCACACCGUAUCCAAGGUUCCAUUGAAGGGUGAAGGUGAAAUAUCGCCUCUCAAGGUGUCCCGCAAACGAGGACUUUCGCUCUCGGCAACCUCCCCAACUCGUUCUUCCCCACGCGUUCGGAAACCUCCUCUUCUGGCCCUCAACGACAGUAUGCCAGUCCUCCCCCCUCCCCGUAAGGCCCCACGGGUCAGUACCGGUAGCCCGACACCAAAGCGACGUUCCAUUGUGAGCAGACGCAGCAGCGGCCGGGGACCAGCGAUGGCCCCGCCAAGUACUUCCACCCCCACUGCUAGCCCUUCCAAGAAGGCUCGCCGCAGCAUUAGUGCUGAGCAAAAGGCCUUGGAAGGUGCGGUCGUGCAUGUCGAUGUCCACACCACCGAAGGUGAAGAUGCGUCUGGGAUCUUUGUCGAGCUUUUGCAGCAAAUGGGUGCUAGAUGUGUCAAGUCAUGGUCAUGGAAUCCUGGCUCUAGCCUCUCUCCCGUUGAUGGGGCAGACCUGAGGGACUCGCGAGUUGGUAUCACUCAUGUCGUUUACAAGGAUGGUGGCUUGCGCACAUUGGAAAAAGUCAAGAAGGCAGCAGGCCUUGUGAAAUGUGUUGGUGUUGGAUGGGUUCUCGAUUGUGAAAGAGAACGCCAAUGGCUUGAUGAAACACCCUACGCGGUUGACAGUUCCAUUAUCCCACGCGGUGGUGCUAAGCGUCGCAAGAGCAUGGAACCUCGCGCGCUCAGUAACGUCAAUGGAACACUGGUUCGCAUUCCCGAAUCCCCAGCGCCAUCAGCCAGUGGACGUCGCAGCGGUGCUGGACAAGGUGCCGUCGAUGGCUUCCGGAAAAUCACACCUCCAACCCACCAGCAGGAAGUGCCAUCUACUCCUACUCAUCAAACAUCCGCUUCCAAGUAUCAAUUCCCUGCUACGCCUGGCUACAACUUCGCCAAACUCGACGCUAUUGGCAUGUCUCCCGCCACGCCAGGUUUCCUUGGCAAUCGUUCCAACCUGAUUCAACAAUCCUGCCCACCAAAGCAAAGCAAUCGGGGUCUUUUCUCUAGCUCCAAGACCUCGAGAAUUUCACCUGGUGAUGGGGAUGAUGAAGAAUCUAGGCGUCAGCGCCGCUUCCGUAUGGAGGCUGCCCGCCGAAAGAGCCUUGUUUACAAGCCCGCUGUUGCCAGCCCGCUUGCUCCUUGA